AGCCUGGGCAGUUACACGUUUCCCCCCAGGAGCAUCCGACGCCGUCACGGGGCUGGGGUCGGGCCGCAGAGGUGACCAUGGCUGGGCUGGCGCUGUCUCCCGUGCCCAGCUGCUGGCUGCUGCCGCUGCUGCUGCUGCUGCUUUCAGCAGGUGGGCUGGCAGCCAAAACACAGGACGUGGUCUCCAGACCCCCAGGAAGCGCUUGCUCCGGGGUCUGGCAGAACCCCCGUUUCGUGGCCAAGAAGCGGGGCGCGGUGGUUGAAGUGAAAUGCUACGUGGAAGACCCCAAGGGCGAGGUGAGCUGGCUCCGGAAGCAGGAGACGGACUCGGAGCCCCGGCCACUGACCCUGGAACCGGACCGCGUCGAGCAGAACCAGAACAACUCGGUCAACACCCUCACCAUCCGCGGCAUCCAGUUUGAGGACAACGGCAUCUACUUCUGCCAGAAGAACUGCUCCGGCGCCAUCCACAGGGGCUGCGGCACCGAGCUGCGGGUCAUGGGGUUCAGCUCCUUGGAGCAGCUGAAGCGGCGCAACACCCUGAAGGACGGCAUCAUCAUGGUCCAGACACUGCUCAUCUGCCUCUUCAUCACUGUCCCCAUCUUCCUGUUACUGGACAAGGAUGACAGCAAGGCUGGGAUAGAAGAAGACCACACCUAUGAGGGCCUGAACAUUGACCAGACAGCCACCUAUGAGGACAUAGUGACCCUGCGGACAGGGGAGGUGAAGUGGUCAGUGGGUGAGCACCCAGGCCAGGAGUGAGGGGCUGGGCCCUCCGCACGCCUCUGGGCACCAGCCUUCAGGAUCUUCACUGACUGCUUUCGGAGCCCGCCUGGCUCCCAGCCCCUUCCCCCAUUCCCGGGACCCCUGGUCGGCCGCCAAAGCUGGCCUGCCAGAUAUGCCUCCCCACUCCAGCCCCUAUGUCCGAAGGGCCCAGAGUGGAAGGGCAACAGGGCAGCGAUUUGGAGCCCAGAGUCCCCUGGGGAUAGAAUGGACCAGACUUCUGGGGGACGCUAUGCAGGGAUCCAUCCCCCUGUUUGGGAUGCAGAAGGCAGAGACUUAUCUGGAGCCUGCAAAUGGACUCAGAGCAGACCAGCUCCCUGCAGAGCCGGGGCAGGGCCACGGCCCCCCACUCGGCCCCGGACAGGCCACCGAGAGCCCCGUCCCUCUCGCAUACCCUCUUCCACCCCACGGGGCUCCUAGGCCUCGAGCCCAUUCCCCCACGGAAUAAACAAUGUGUUUUGAGAAACCAUAAAAA